UCGUCUCUCGUCUCUCGUCUCUCCAUGGCAACCAGCUUUGCUCCUGUUUCGAUAUCAGGUGGAGUCCAUCUUAAGGCACGUGAGCUUCGGUCCACAAACUUGAGUUCCUCUGGUAAAAUACCAAUGUUGACAAUUCAAAGGAAUUCAAACCAAGGGAUUGCCAGCCGGAAGUUAAUUGUUCGUGCAGAGUACAAUGAUCAUAAAGGUGGAGGUGGUGGUGAUUUUGUUGCCGGUUUCCUUUUCGGAGGUGCAUUAUUUGGAACUCUUGCAUACGUUUUUGCUCCACAGAUCAGAAGAUCACUGCUAAACGAAGAUGAAUAUGGUUUCCGGCGGGCCAAGCGGCCAAUAUAUUACGAUGAAGGUUUAGAGAAAACCAGGCAGACUUUGAAUGCAAAAAUAAGUCAACUCAAUUCUGCCAUUGACAAUGUGUCAUCACGCUUGAGAGGUGGCAAUAAUAUGCCUCCAGUGCCUGUUGAAAGCGACCCAGAAGAAGCCACCAUGUAAGACCAACUUAUGAGUGUUUUGCAAUAAUCAUGAACUCUUUGUGUUUCAGAUCAACUGAUUCAGUCUUGUACCUGGGUAAUGCAUAAUUACUGAAAACAAAUAGAGUAUGUAAAUGGGACACAUGCAAUGUGGUGCUAUGAAUUUUGUUGGAUUGCUUAUAAUGUCAUGAUUUUCAAUGUAGCAUAAAUGAAGCUGCUGAAUCUUUUUGUGAUUAAAAUUUAGAGUAAUCUUUACCUUUUUUCUUCCCCG